AUGUGGUUUUCAAUUUAUCUCGCUUUAUUUCUUCGUUCAGUCGCUAUCUCUCACCCGCUUCAGUCCUACCCCUUCCCUCAACCUGCAUUACCUGGCGUUUUUGGAGAUGAAUUCGAUGGCCCGAUAACGUCAAGACCACUAGAACAUUCUGGGAAGAAAUCCUUCUCAUCACCUCUAUUUGAAACUGUACUUGACUCGGCUACGAGCGAACUUGGGCAUAAAAUAGUACCUAUGUCGACUCCAGCAACACCAUCAUUACCGUUUAUAACUCAUUCUGUGAUAGGAACACCUCCUUCUCUUCCAGACUCUCGUACAUCCCAGCUUCUCUCCCCUGAAAACGCACCUCAUACGAUAACAUUCGCAACCACUGCUAGCAGUACUCCAAACUCAACAAAUAACGCGCUCUCCUCGGCCCCAAAGGGUAAUGGAAAGGAAUGGAGGAUCGUCAAGAUGUUGUUGAUUACUAUUGGUACCGUCGUUGCCGUUAUUUUACUUGUCAUGUUCCUCAAAACGGCCUGGAUAUUCUUGCGCGACGCCUUUGCUGGACGGAAGAGAGGACCGGAAGGCAGAGAGGAAAUGAUUCCUGACUGGCAUCGAGGGAGUUGGGAAGUCAAAUUGGCAACAGAAAGAGGACAUCGAUAUCCUGCAGCAGAUAUCACGAUGGCCCCGACCUCCCAGGUGUAUGCCGAGGCGAUACACAAUGAAGGAUUUGACACACCUUCUCUUCCACCCCGUCUGGCUUUGCUUUCCCCAUCUAAUCCUCCAGUUCUCGAUCAUUCGUCUCCCUUGUGUAGGCGCACUAGUGUCCGACCGCAAGCAUGGCAAGACACACGAACUUACAUUUAAUAGUCGGACAGAGCUGGACCACUUCAACAAACUAUUGAUAGGUCAAUAACACGGACGAUGGAGCCUCGCACCCUCGACUUGUUCCUGUCUCCAUGCUAAUAAUACUUCUCACUUCACUAUGCAAAGUUAUAGGUGCAGGAACACAGUCCGAAUUAACUCAAUUAAUUCCUAUAAAAAUAAAUAAAUAAAUAACAUCGGU